CCCAAAAGCUCCCGUCCUUGAAUACUCGGGCCCUUUGUGAAGGCGCCCGUGCUCUGCAUGAACCGGGAGCUCUUCUGGGGAUCCUGGAUGCUGGAUCGUCUCCGAAAACUUGUUAGAGGGACAGACCUGAUACCCCAAAAGGCGUAUCUAGAAGAUGUGUCAGCACAGUGCCCCAAAUACGCCUCCGUUGUUUCAACGGGACCCAGUUUUGCAUUCGGCACCAACCCGGACCAUCCAAACCCCGAUGACAGUUACUUUGGACUAACAGACAAGGGCUCCUCAUGGAGUUGGAGCAAGUCUGCUACCCCAAGCACCGUGUCUGUUGCUGUCCCCAGCACCAAAUCUAGUAGAACGGUGACGGAGACAGCAAAUUCCGCCAUGCGGGUCACUUUCGUCUCGGGUGGCCAGAAAAUUGCCAUUACUGGCUCGAACUCGUUCGAGUUCCAUUACAGUUCCAGCGAAGGUGGCUAUGCCACUCUCACAACCGAGACCUCGUGGCAUCUCAACUUUGCUCUGGGUGCUGUCAGCGACGGACCUGGAAUGGAGUUACCCGUUCGACGAUUUCGACAAAGCUAUCUCGGACACACUGAAAAUUGGUUCAACAACAGCCUGGCCUGGCUAACGAACGAUCUGAUCAGUGCUUUGAAACACCACCACAAGCUGUACCUGCCUGCAUCGGGAGUCUUCCUCAUGCAAGAUGCCAAGUUCAACAAGCGAGGAGAUCUGCUGCUGGGGUUGCACUACAAUGGAUGAGUUGACGAUUUGACGCCUUUCUGCAACAGCUGUCCGAAGGAAAACACUGCUAAUCAUGACUCUUUACGCCUUUAGAGCCGAAGCACCGACCACUUCUUCUUCUACAGGUACAUCUGCGCAGGGACAAAAGCAGGGCUUGUUCAAGAUGGAGGGUGUCAAUGUGCCCGAGGCAUUCAGCAAGUUGCCAAU